UCGAGGUGGAGGGAACAUACACAGCAGCCAGGAACUGGCAGCGUCAGGUCAGAGGUGGAAGGUCAAAGGGUACGGGUGCUGCAAACAUGGCCCGGCUGCCUGGGCGACGCGCUCUGCUCGCGGCUGUCCUCGGUGUCUCCUGGCAGCAGCGACUUCUCGGUCACCAUGUUGUCCCGGCUGCAUGGAGACGCCGGUGUCUCAGUGCCGGAAGCAGAGCAGAAGACAGCAGUCAGGUUACUCCAAUGCUAAAGCAUCUCAUGUUCAAAAUAAAGUCAACUGGCCCUAUUACAGUCGCUGAAUAUAUGCGGGAAGUGCUAACUAAUCCCGUGAAGGGUUACUAUAUGCACCAUGACAUGCUGGGAGAAAGAGGAGAUUUUGUUACUUCACCUGAAAUAAGUCAAAUCUUUGGGGAGUUAAUAGGAAUAUGGUAUGUUAGUGAAUGGAUGGCCACUGGCAAACCUAAAACUUUCCAACUGGUGGAACUAGGCCCAGGUAGGGGCACUCUUACAGAUGAUAUUUUGCGGGUCUUUAAUCAGCUUGGCUCUUUACUCAAUAAAUGUGACAUUUCUAUUCAUCUGGUAGAGGUGAGCCCCAAACUAAGUGAGAUCCAAGCGUUGACGCUGACAGGAGGGAAGAUACAACCAGAGCUUGAUGUUACUUCCCCUGUCUACAUGAAAGGUAUUAGCAAGGCUGGAAUUCCAAUCUUCUGGUACCGAGAGCUGCAAGAUGUACCACAAGGUACCAGCUUUUAUUUAGCACAUGAAUUUUUUGAUGCCUUGCCAAUACAUAAAUUUCAGAGAACAGAAAAAGGAUGGCGUGAAGUGUUGAUUGAUAUAGAUCCAGAAGCUCCUGACCAACUGCGGUUUGUUCUGGCACCAUCUACCACGCCUGCUACAGAACACUUCAUACAGCGUAAAGAAGUAAGAGAUCACGUCGAAGUAUGUCCUGAUGCUGGCAUCCUCAUUCAGAGACUUGCCUGUCGUAUUCAAGAGGAUGGGGGAGCUGCACUGAUUGCUGAUUAUGGUCACAAUGGAAAUAAGACUGACACUUUCAGGAGUUUCCGCAGUCACGAACUUCAUGAUGCAUUAAUAGCUCCAGGUACAGCAGACCUGACAGCAGAUGUUGACUUCAGCUAUCUCCGAACCAUGACACAGGGAAGAGUAGCCACGUUGGGACCACUAAAUCAACAUGAAUUCUUAAAGAAUAUGGGCAUUGAUGUCCGGCUGCAGGUGCUAUUGCAAAAUUCAAGUGACAAAGCAAUGCACAAACACUUGCUUCAAGGCUAUGAUAUGUUAAUGAAUCCUAAGAAAAUGGGGGACCGCUUUCAUUUUUUUGCCCUGCUGCCUCAUCAGAGACUUGCACAUUCUGAUCAGAAAGUGAAUCUACGACACUCAAGAUCUCUUUCCGCAACUGUUGCUGGAUUUGGUGAACUUGUCUGGAAGUAAAGCCAAAGAUUAGACACUGUAUAAUUGAUGGGAGCCUGCUAGCAACUAUUAAAGUCACAGUAAAGAAAAUGAAGUCUAUGCAUUUUAUAGUUUUACAUAUUCAAGAAAAUAAACUUUUCUUGUAAGAGAUCACUUGUCUGUAUGCAACCAGGAUUUGUUUAACCGGGUUAUGCACUGUCUUUGUGCUGAUGUACAAGCAUAGGAAAUGUACCCUUGUUCUGGUCUGCUGCUUUCCCAGACAGCUUCUUUGUGCCUCCAUCUUAGGAACAUACCUGUGGUUUCCUUGGAACCUGAGGCAGCAUCGAAGGCUGAAAGAUUUCUCCCCAGAUUCUCAGUGAUUUCCCUGGUUACACCCCUCUUAACUUCAGCCCUCCAUUACACCUCAAACAGGCUGCAGUGAUAAAACUAUAUGAUGAUCUGUUGUGGGUAACUGGGCUACUGUAAUUGACUAGAAUGACCUGUGUAUAAGCUAACAUAAAACUGCUCUCAUUUACUGUGUAUAUAUUUCUGCUGAAAUUUGUUCAAACAGUUCCAGUGGAUUUUUACUUGUAACACUUUGAUUGUGAACGACAUACCUAAGAAAUCAGGUUUUACUGUACUUAUUAGUUGACAUACAGCCACAAUCACCGACUGCAGGGGUGCUCUACAGCCCACCAGAACAUUUCCUAAGGCCUGGGGCCUGCUUCAACACAGUACUGACAGCCAAUGCAGUGUAAACUAAAAUGAUGUAAACAUAACACUAAUGAUUUCUUGUUUUUAAAUAGGUUGUUUCUAUGUACAGUAUUGUCUAAAUAUUUGUGAAACAAGCAGAACAAAUAUAAAUCAAUAGAGGUGACUGUAAAUCUUAAUAUGUUGAAUAUUUUGACCCACCCAAGAUUGUGUGUAGGUUUAGAUGGCCCUCCUGUGUAAUAAGGUUGAGCACCACUGACCUAGUGGACAAAAAAAGUUAAUUACUAUAGUUCCAGGAGUCUCAUUUCUCCUUUCCUGGGAGAAAGCUGAUACACUUCUAUGGUUGGAAUUUUCUCAGAGCAGCUGGUCCAAGGUGGAAUGAAAAUGUUGCCUUCUAAGGCACCCAUGUAUAUAUGUAGGUGGUGUCAACUGCAACAAAGAGUUAGAUGAAUAAAUCACUUUACCAUAAAAGGUUUACAUUGUACAGCCAGUAAAUAGUACUCAUUUGGCCACAUUUUCUUACUGCUUGCUCCAUUCUGAGUAUACUUUUAACAGUAAAGUUACAUUCAUGCUGCAACAGAAUACACCUUGAUAUGUUUAUUUUCCUUUUGACACUAUUCUAGGGCUUACACUGUUACUGCCUAUUCUGUAAGAAUUUAAACACAAACGAGGAAUGACUAGGUGAACAAGAGGUAGCUGAAAUAUGACAGUUCUAGAAGCUGAAAGUUAAAUUGCAUAACAACUUUGGCAAUUAAGAGGUACUGUCAAGAGAUUAUCAUACUUGACCUACAUUAACAUUGUUUGAUGUAAUAAGACAUUUGGGGAAUGUACUGUGGAUUCUAAAUAUGUAUAGUUGUUUAAAUCCCA